UGUACAUACAUUGAAAAAAUUGAUAAACAAUUAUGAGUAAGUAAUCAUAGGCACAACCUAAACCAAUGCAUGAAAAUAGAAAAAAUACGGUAGAUAUAAACAUGGCAGGAAGUUGGUUAAAUGCGUGACUUCCUUACACAUGUCUUGAAUUAAUACACUCACCGAGUGUAUUACACUAUACUUUGAAUCGAUCAAACAUCAAAUUUAAAUUUUCCUUAAAAUUACCAGUUAAAUCAAGAACACGAUAAAUUGUUGUUUUCAAGCGAAUAUUUAACGAAGUACUGUCGAAACAAAAGGAGUUAACAUGUAAAACCAAUCGUAUAAAAUACUAUUUUUACGAACUUUUAGCGUUCAACGAUUGAAUCCGUAAAGUGAAAGCGGAUAUUCGAUCAUACGAGGUUUCGUACGCUUGGUUGAGGUCAUUGUUCGUGCAGGCGCGUCCGACGAGAUUUUUCAUUCCGAAUUCAUCCGAAUGCAAACGACUUUAUCCGACUUUGGUUGAUCGUAAUCGAAACACGUGAUUGGCGGAAAGACGAUGCGAUGACGAAAAACGCGAGUGACAGUUACGGAAUGAUUUUACGCUACUUUCGAAUAUUUCAAUGAUUUUACAUAUUCGUUCGUACAAUUCCUAUUAUAAAAUAAACAACAAACUGGCCGUCGUGCAACUUGUCGACCAAAAUUAUCAAUCGUUGUCGAUGCAAAUAAUUUUCGCAGAAUAUGAUUAAAAAAAAAGCAUGUCACAAGUGGCACGUCGGUUAAAUAGCGAGUAAGCGAGAGAAAGAGAAAGAAAAAGUGCGGGGGAGAAAAGGGAGAAAGACUCAACGCGAAAGACAGGCAUCGACGCGUUGCAGACGUAUCUCGGACGUGUACGAUCGAACACGUCACGUAGAAACGAAAUACGUGUUGGCGGUACGCGUUCAAGUUUUAUCUUUCAUUCAAAAAUGUUUUAAUUACGGAAAAACGUGUGGUUUUACCUAGCCUUUUGUGACGGCAACGAUACGUUGUAUUUUACAUUUGAGAGGAUUAGUAUUUUGCGGUCCGUUGACGUCAUAGGAUACUGUCGCGCCUAUUUUGACGUCGCAGUCCGUUGUACUCUGCAGUCGAGGUUCAGCAACGCAGACUUUAUCGGUGUGUAAAUAUACCUUUAAAACGCGUAAAAUCUGCGAACCAUAGAAUUGCAAAGUGUUCACCAUGUGGUGAUGGUAUUAUUAAAAAAAAAAAAAAAAAAAUAAAUAAGAAUAAAUAAAUAAACAGGAGGAACCAAAACGGAAGAGUGAGGCGAAGAGAAAGAAAGCAUUUUGUUCAGUGUCUGUUAGUGAACUCGUCAGGGAGGUUAUCUGGAUAAUAACUAUAUGGUUAAAAAUUAUACGCAUACAAAAAGUUCCACUUAAUCCGAACAUCUAAAAUAUUGUUUUUGAUGACAGAAAAGUGGAAAAAAUACGAUUCAGUUAUAACGUGGUAUUCAGUGACGGAUUUAUAUACAAACAGUAAGGACAAAUACUUUAGGCCACGUAAGGCGGGGACCUCCAUACAAUUAAUAUCUACCAGUUUUUAUCGAUAUAUGUAUAAUUACGAUUUCAAUAUUGUUUCUGUUUCGAUUCAAACUGGUAAGGACAUAGAAAUGUAGAAAUCUGAAAAUAUAAAAAUAUAAAAAUGCAGAAUUUCUAGGGGAAAUGUGCUUUAGAAAUAUAUUCGUGAAUAGACAAUAGACAAAUACAUACAUUUCUUUACCGUAUAAAUGGAGGCAAAAAAUUUUGUAAUGCCUUAAAUCACGCGAAGGAUAAAUCCGUCAGUGAUCGUAUUAAAAAAAAAAAAAAAAUUGGAAAAAUUGAAAAGAAAUAUUUUGUGCAGUAAAGCUAAUCGAGACACCCUAUAUGUAAAAACAGGUAGUUACGCGAGGACUUUCGAGAGAUCAUCUGUCUAGGCUUUGUGUCAAUGUCCCUCUAGUGAUAAACGCGAAGACUAUGUUACGUUACUCUCGCUAACAGUAACGUAUGUAUUUUCCUGAAGAAGUCGUUUCGGUGCCUACGUUAUCGCGUUGCAUCACCGUGUUAUCGUUUCAGUAUGUCCGUAGUUUGUGAAAAACAUUAAACGUAUUACCUGAGCAAUAUAUUUCGCUAUUUUAGCACGGCCGCGAGAGUUAUGUCGCUGACCAUCACAGUGAAUUUCUAAUUACAUAGCAAGGUCUUUGGUCGAUCGUGUGGCGAUCGAAGGGGUUCAUGCGUGCCGGUGAAUGACUAUUCUAGAGGAAAAAUUACCUUCAAAUUCUGAUCCCGUUCACACAGCAGAUGCGUUGUUUCCUGUCAUCACAUCGAACAUUAAGAAUACAGUAGCUCGAAAAUAUAUGUUUAGCUUUUAUAUACUUUACAACGAGAGAAACGAAAGGUUAGGACUCUCACACGUGCUAUUCGUUUGAACAUGUAUACAGAAAAACGGACGUAAACGAGCAUAUGUAUUUUAUGUACGAAAACGAAAGUAGGUAGAUUUGUCGACAGUGUUCGAACGAACAAAAAAGUAGUACAUACGUAAAAGCGCUGCACGCUAAAAUUAGUCCGAUCGUUUUGAAUUUAUUGUAUUUUCUUUAAAUAAGAAACCUUUAAAUAUGUCUCUCAUAUUUUCGGACCAACAAAAAUGAAUAUAUAUAUAUUUAUUUUUUUAUUUUAAACGCGCAUCUUUAAAAAUUGGUAGGAACCGUAAUCGGUUGAGUAUUCGUAUCUCAAGCAUGUACUUAGUCCGAUGUUUUCAGUUCUAAAAGACCAAACCAAUCAGGAGUAAGAAUUCGAACAACGACCGAACGUGAGCGAACUUUCACGAACACUAUCGGUAUCGAACGACGGCGAGUAUUUGUUCGUGCUUAGUCGCGGCUGUUCGCUUGAUCCGUGAACACGUAAAACAUUGCGUCGCGUCGCGUUGUGUCGUGUCUUGUCGGGAAGCUCGAGUGACUUCGGGAGGUCCACGGCAGCGCCAUCAGUCGUUCUUCUUUGGUAUUAAUGCUCUGUUGGGCGACGGUGUCCGUCCGCCACAACCGUCUUUAAUGGACGUGUCGCACCGCUCGAAGAAACAACGCCGACAGAGAUGUUGAAGUUUAUCAGAGGGAAGGGCCAACAACCUACGGCCGAACGACAGAAACUACAAAAGGAUCUUUUUGCUUUUCGAAAGACGGUGCAGCAUGGCUUCCCAAACAAACCAACAGCUCUAGCAUGGGAUCCAAGCUUGCGACUGAUGAUCAUUGGCACGGCGUCCGGAGCCAUCAAGGUAUUUGGCAGGCCGGGUGUCGAAUUCUAUGGACAACACACCAUCGAGAGCGGGGAACACGCUGUCACGAAGAUCGUCGCGCUGCCUAACGAGGGUCGCGUGGUGUCGUUGUGCGAUGACAAUUCUCUUCACCUGUGGGAGAUCAACGAGAGUUCGGUGGUCGAAACGAAAUCGCUUUCGUUGGAAGGAAAACUGAAGAAAAUUUCGGCGAUGUGUCUCGAGUCAAGCGGCGAACAUCUGCUUCUGGGAACGGAAGGAGGCAAUAUUUACCUGCUGAAUUUGAAAACGUUCUUGGUGCCAGACAAUAUCAUCUACCAGGAUGUCGUAAUGCAAAAUGUACCAGAUGAUUACAAGAAGAAUCCAGGUGCGGUCGAGGCAAUAGCGGAACAACCGGGUCAUCCGGACAAUAUUCUGAUAGGUUACAAUCGUGGCUUGAUGGUUCUAUGGAACAAAGCGACUCCUGGCGCUCAACAGCUGAUGGGUUUGUUUUCGCGUGCGCAGACAUUCGUCUCCACGCAGCAGUUGGAAUCUGUCCAUUGGGUCUCCGAGACCCGUUUCGUUUCCUCGCACAACGACGGAUCGUACGCGUUUUGGAGUCCAGGAAGCGAUGCUAUGCUGGAAUCGACCACUCCCUAUGGACCGUUCCCGUGCAAAGCCGUUACCAAGAUCCUAGUCUAUCCAACUGCCGAGCACGGGGAACUUGUUUUAUUUUCGGGUGGAAUGCAACGUGCCAGUUACGGUGAUCGUCACACGAUCACCGUCAUGACAAAGGAGAAACACGUGGUCUUUGAUUUCACCUCGAAAGUGAUCGAUUUCUUCACCGUGUUCCCGAAGCAACAGGACGAUAAAGAGACUCCCGACGAUGGCCCGGAAGCGCUCAUAGUCUUGGCCGAAGAAGAAGUGGUAGCCAUCGAUUUAAUUAAUCCUGAAUGGAAGAUGAUGGCCUUACCUUACUUGGUGUCUCUCCACGCUAGCGCGGUGACCUGUUCGCAACACGUCCCGAACGUGCCCGAAGAAUUAUGGGACAGUAUCGUGGCCGCUGGAAAAGCACAGACCGAGCAUUUAUAUUCGGACAGAGCAUGGCCUAUAGACGGCGGUAUCAUUCUUAACCAGAAAUCGGCCAACGAGAAACCGAAAGGAAGAGAAUUGUUGCUUACCGGCCACGAGGAUGGAACCGUCAGAUUCUGGAACGCGUCCGACGUAGCUUUGACGCCUCUCUAUAAAUAUAAUUCAUCUAUACUGUUCACCGGCGAACACUUGGACGUUCUCGAACAACCACCGGAGGACGACGAGAACGAAUGGCCGCCGUUUAGAAAAGUCGGAACGUUCGAUCCGUACUCGGAUGAUCCGCGACUCGCCGUCAAAAAGGUUUUACUUUGUCCUCUCUCCUCGACGUUGGUGGUUGCUGGCACGGCUGGUCACGUGAUCACAGCUACCGUAUCCUCCGAGCCAGCUAACAAAGAAAUCAAGGCUGUUACGAUGAACAUUGUAAACGAUCGUGAUGGAUUCGUGUGGAAAGGUCACGAUCAUCUGCCAGUAAGAACGACCAGCAUAUCUUUCGCGGUCGGUUUCCAACCACAAAGUCUUCUUCAAUUAUAUCCACCGGCUGCGGUCACCGCGUUGGCUAUACACAGUGAAUGGGGAUUACUGGCUGCUGGCACGGCCCACGGUUUGGCAGUUUUCGAUUACACGAGAGCGAAGGCUGUUAACGUUAAGUGCACGCUCAAUCCAAACGAUCUUUCUGGAGCGGGUGAUACGCCUAUUUCUAGACGAAAAUCGUUUAAGAAGUCGUUGAGAGAGUCUUUUAGAAGAUUAAGGAAAGGGAGAUCGCAGCGUAGAGCGACGACUGCUGGUAGUCCGACGAGAAAUCCUACGGAAAAGAAGAAAGAUGUUUCCAGUGUCGCGUCUUCACCGAUCGGCGAUCUCUCGCCGAUAGAGUUGAAACCUGUAGAAAGACAAGUCGAAGCGAGACCAGUAGACGACGCAUUGGGCUCGAUGGUUCGAUGUUUAUAUUUUGCUAGGAGUUAUAUCAUAAGCAUGCAAAAUACAACCCCUACACUUUGGGCGGGUACCAAUAACGGUACGGUCUAUGUAUUCACCUUAGCGAUUCCCGCCGGUGUUAGAAGAACGGAGGAGGAUGUAAAUUGUACAUUAGGAAAAGAGAUUCAAUUAAAGCACAGAGCGCCGGUGAUCGCUAUAACGAUUCUCGAUGGAUCUAGCGUUCCGCUACCGGAGCCGUUCGAAGCCGAAAAAGGUGUGAGUCCUGGUCCCGACAUGGCAUCUCCUCACAGAGUCGUGAUCGCUAGCGAGGAACAAUUCAAAAUCUUCAAUCUUCCGUCGUUGAAACCUUAUUGUAAAUACAAGCUUACCGCGCACGAGGGUUCGCGUGUAAGGAAAACAGGUUUUGCAAAAUUCUCCUGUCCAGUUGAACCUGCCGGCACGCACGAAGAAACUUGUUUAUUAUGCCUGACCAAUCUCGGAGAUUGUUUACUGCUCAGUAUUCCAGAAUUGAGAAGGCAGCUUAACGCAGCGGCCAUUAAACGAGAAGAUAUCAACGGAAUUUCCUCGCUAACCUUUACGAAAGCUGGUGAAGCUUUGUACCUGCACUCCAGUUCGGAACUUCAACGAAUUUCAUUGUCGACCAGUAAAGUAACGAAAGCGAAUUGCGCUCUCAAUUUACCGCCAAAUGCUAGAUCGUACCCGGAAGCUGACAGCGAAGAGACGCAAGAGCAAGGGAUCGUCGAAGGAGCGGCUGAAACGGAAGGAGAGACGGCGCAAGGAAGUCAACCGACCACGGUACAGAGGACGAUCGUAGAAAACGGUGUAGUCGGUUCCACCGACGGUGAAGAAUCUCCGAAAGAACCUUCUUUGCAACCAGCUGCAAGCACCAACGAUGUCAACGGAGAGGAUGAUCGUCAAGACUUGAGUUCUAUAGGAGACAUCACGAUCGAUAGCGUGAAGGAUCACUUACUAUCAGUGACAUUCUACAAUAACCAGUCCAAGGUCCGAUUAGAGAAAGUCCUAAAUCUAUGUUACGUAAAUCUAAAUAUAGAUUUUUACAUGGUAUUAAUGUAAGAAUGGGAUUCAAUAAGACACUCCGCGCAUUCUUCAAGCAACAUUUAAUUAAAAAAAAAAGACGAAGGAAAUGUAACGAUAGAAAUGUAACCUAGCUUAGAACUGCCAACGUUCCCGGGAUGACGUGCACGCAACAAUUCGAUUUUUUCGCCUCUCUCAUUGUCUUGCCCAAAAUUAAUUGACCGGCAGUUAACGUUUCAGAAACACUAACUACUUACAAUAUCUCUUAAUUAAUAGAUCAUGUUAUAUCAUUGAUUCUAUAUUAAUGACUCCUUUCUUUCUGCUCUUUUUUUACGAAAAAUAAAAGCGAAUAAAAAUAUAUAAUAUUUUUAUCGAAAAACGUAAACAGACUGAACGCAUAAGAGAAACAUAUCCGUUGUUUCUUUCGCAUUUAAUCGAAGCCAUUCGCGCGAAACCGAACAAACUUUUUUCAUCGUUUCGUCGCUUGUUUCUCAAGACUAUGCAUUAUAUUAAGUAUUGAAAAAAAAAACAAAUGUGUCAAUUUCUUGUUCAUUGAUGCGAUUGUGAGGCCUUUGUAGAUAGAUUUUAAUCUUCCUCUAAUUUCGUAACGUCCUAUUAAUUAUUAUUUUUUUUUUUUUUAUACUUUGAUUUGACCACUUCCCGAAAAACAUGUUUUUAUCGUGCGGUGGUAAUCUUUGAACGAAUGUUAUACAAGGCGUUCCAAGGAUAUUGAGUAUUAUGCGCAGUUUUUAAUAAAGACAUAAUUCCAAGUACAAAAAUUUUGUACUUUCUUGACGAAUAACAUUACGAACAGUUUUAAGCAUUUUAAUCAGACUUUUCUUCGCAUUUGAUUCCUGAGAGCCCAUUCUAAAUGUUUUGGGAAAGUUAGCAUUUUUACCGUGCUUUUUGGACCGCCCUGUACGUUAAUUUUAUCAUAAUUGUAAACUACAUUAACAAGGUGAAGUCAACGCGUUAAAUAAGAUACAAUUGUACGAAAACAAUUGUGCUUCUGCUAUUGUAAAAUUAUUGAUUUUUUACCUUGAUAAAAUAUUACACAUUGUA